AUGCGGUAUCUUGCAUGUUGCUAUUCAGAAAAAAUUGGCAAGCUUAGAGUGGAACAAAUACGCGAUUUCUUGCAGACUCACACAGGGGCAGAAACAGACUCACACAGGGGCAGAAACAGACUCACACAGGGGCAGAAACAGACUCACACAGGGGCAGAAACAGACUCACACAGGGGCAGAAACAGACUCACACAGGGGCAGAAACAGACUCACACAGGGGCAGAAACAGACUCACACAGGGGCAGAAACAGACUCACACAGGGGCAGAAACAGACUCACACAGGGGCAGAAACAGACUCACACAGGGGCAGAAACAGACUCACACAGGGGCAGAAACAGACUCACACAGGGGCAGAAACAGACUCACACAGGGGCAGAAACAGACUCACACAGGGGCAGAAACAGACUCACACAGGGGCAGAAACAGACUCACACAGGGGCAGAAACAGACUCACACAGGGGCAGAAACAGACUCACACAGGGGCAGAAACAGACUCACACAGGGGCAGAAACAGACUCACACAGGGGCAGAAACAGACUCACACAGGGGCAGAAACAGACUCACACAGGGGCAGAAACAGACUCACACAGGGGCAGAAACAGACUCACACAGGGGCAGAAACAGACUCACACAGGGGCAGAAACAGACUCACACAGGGGCAGAAACAGACUCACACAGGGGCAGAAACAGACUCACACAGGGGCAGAAACAGACUCACACAGGGGCAGAAACAGACUCACACAGGGGCAGAAACAGACUCACACAGGGGCAGAAACAGACUCACACAGGGGCAGAAACAGACUCACACAGGGGCAGAAACAGACUCACACAGGGGCAGAAACAGACUCACACAGGGGCAGAAACAGACUCACACAGGGGCAGAAACAGACUCACACAGGGGCAGAAACAGACUCACACAGGGGCAGAAACAGACUCACACAGGGGCAGAAACAGACUCACACAGGGGCAGAAACAGACUCACACAGGGGCAGAAACAGACUCACACAGGGGCAGAAACAGACUCACACAGGGGCAGAAACAGACUCACACAGGGGCAGAAACAGACUCACACAGGGGCAGAAACAGACUCACACAGGGGCAGAAACAGACUCACACAGGGGCAGAAACAGACUCACACAGGGGCAGAAACAGACUCCGAUUCUAAAGAAAGAAUUUAUUCAUUAGCAAUCAGCGCGAAUUCAGACAUUUAUUUUAGAUAA